UCACUCCUCUCUCUCUCUCACUCCACCUUCCUGACUCCUGCAGCUUGGUGCAACCUGCUCACUCUGAAACCAUGGCCAAGGACAUGACUCUGUUCUGGGGCUCCGGCUCUCCUCCCUGCUGGAGGGUGCUGAUCGCUCUGGAGGAGAAGAACCUGCAGGGGUACAACAGCAAAAUGCUCUCCUUUGAGAAGGGAGAGCACAAGUCAAAGGAAGUCAUGGAGGUCAACCCGAGGGGUCAGCUCCCUGCCUUCAAAGAUGGAAACACUAUCAUCAAUGAGUCCUAUGGGAUUUGCAUGUACCUUGAGGACAAGUACAAGACCAAGGGAAACAAGCUCAUCCCUGAGUGCCCGUCUGAGAUGGCAAUGAUGUAUCAACGCAUGUUUGAGGGUCUCACACUCUUCCAGAAAAUGGCACAUUCCCUCUUCUACACACGGUUCGUCCCAGAAGGCGAGAGGCACGACUCUGCCCAAGAGAGAAACAGAGCCGAGCUGAAAGAUGAAAUCCAGCGAUGGGAGGGAUAUCUCAAGCAUAAUUUCCUUGCUGGAGAUCACUUUUCAUUGGCUGAUGUGAUUGUUUUCCCAGUCAUCGCUUUUCUCUUCCGCUUUGGUUUAUGUGAGGAGAAAUUCCCUAAACUGGCAACUUACCAUAACGCUCUGAAGGAGAGACCCAGCAUCAAAGCUUCCUGGCCUCCUACCUGGAACGACGGUCCAGGAAUGGACUCACUGAAGAACCUCUGAGCCUCUGUCCACAUCGUCCUCAUGCAUAACCACUUCUUCUGCUGUAAAAGUUCUCAAAUUUUUAACUUUGAGAAGAAUCAAAAGCAUUUUCCUUUUCUAUAUUAGGUGGUUUUUCAGAUAUUUGUGUGUAAUUUACUCCACAGAAGAUACUUUAUUGUGUUGUGAACAAAAUAUUAAUAAAUAAGCUUUGAUUCCAA